UGCACGAAGAGUAUUAUGGGCUGUAUGGAAUUCUGAAGCUAGAGCAGGCGGACUGGACUCGCGCUCACAGUCAGCUAGCUUCGCUGCAAGCUAACGGUAGACGAAGGUAAACAUGGAGCUAUCGGCUGUCGGGGAGAGGGUGUUCGCGGCCGAGUCGAUCAUCAAGAGACGAAUACGACGGGGUCGAAUGGAAUAUCUCGUUAAAUGGAAGGGCUGGUCACCCAAGUACAGUACUUGGGAACCAGAGGAAAAUAUCCUAGACUCGCGCCUUUUCGUUGCCUUUGAAGAGCGGGAGCGUGAGAGAGAAAUAUUUGGACCCAAGAAAAGAGGACCUAAGCUGAAGACUUUUCUUCUAAAGGCCCAAGCUAAAGAAAAGGCAAAGUGUUAUGAAUUUAGGAAUGAAACAUCCAGGGGCAUUCAUGUUGCAUAUCCCAGUCCAGAGCCUGUGAUAACCCCUAGAGCGAGAGAGGGACUGCGUGCUGUGGUUCCCACCAUUUUCCCUCCCAGCACAGUCAACCGAGGGGAGAGUGUAAGGCAUUCACCUCCAGAACCAAGGGAGCAUCGUUCUCCAUCCUCACCAAGAGCCAGCACUGAUGCAUUUACCCUUGCCCCAAAAAAGAGAGGACGGAAGCCCAAAUUACGGUUCACAGAUGGCUACACAAGCUCCUUGCAUCCAGGGCAUGCAAAAAGAGCUGCAGAUGAAACCAUGGCAAGCAUUCCUUCCAAAAUGGCAAAGUUGGGUUUGGGUGAAGAUGAAGAGAGAUGCUCUGAAAUGAUUGGGAGAAUUAAAAUAUCUCACAAGCACAUGGAUGCUACCUAUUCACACAAACAAAACAGAGUUGUUCCAAGCAGGAGUACCCAGCACAUUUCUCCAGAGUGGAAUUUGCAUUCCAGCAGGACUAAUCCACAAACAAGCCUCUUUCACCACAAACACCUGAAGCAUCAUUCAAAACGAAGGACAUUUGAACAUGGUGAGUCCACCAGCAGACAGCCUUCACUUAUCGCCAAAAUCCCAGUGUCACGCAUUUUUGGAGAGCCUGAGGAGGGAGAUCCUUGGAGACCCUCCUUCAGCAAUGUGGAGAAAGUUUUAGUUACCGAUGUGACAACAAACUUCCUGACUGUAACGAUCAAAGAGAGCAGCACAGAUAAAGGCUUUUUCAAAGACAAAAGAUGAUUUUGCAGCCAGAUGCCCUUCUUCAGAAGUCUUUUUAUCAUCAAAAAUAUUCUGUAUUGUGUUUUAUAUAUAUAAAAAAAUCUUAUUC